AUGGCGCUCUCAUUACCCUUAUUGUUCUUCCUUCUCGCACUUGCUGGUGCACAGCAACAUUAUAUCCCAAUAACCGGUCCGACUACUAGGCCUCAAUGUCCAGCUUCACUCCCUUUUAGCCAGCCCACAUAUCGAUAUGGAUCAUUUUCAUAUUCCAUGAGUGAGACUGUAAGGACAGCCACAUCAGUGCCUCCACCUACAAGUACAGCUACGUACGCACCACCCGCAGAAUCUCUCACAUCCCUGAUUCCACCCAUAUCAUACACAACAUGGGGACGCUGGGAUCCCAACGCGGCAACACGGGCAUCCGACACUAAUAACUCCUAUGGAAACGCAGCCUGGACAUCACUGUGGGAAUGGGCCAACCCUCCCAACUUCACCGAGACAGGCCUCUACAGCACAACCGUCUCGCCCACCCCAGUUCCAACGGAGGAACUCGUUCUCCCACCUCCUGAUCCCUUUGGACCUACAGACUGCUACGUCUUCCCGUCCGACUUCAUGUUCGGCGUCGCGAGCUCGUCCUCACAAAUCGAAGGCGCAACCGCAGACGAAGGCAAAUCUCCAUCCCUCAUGGACAUUCUCGUCCAAGGUCCCCUGCCCAAAGAUUACGUUACUAACGAAAAUUACUACCUAUACCAACAAGAUAUCGAACGCCUCGCUUCUAUGGGCGUGAAAUACUAUUCGUUCAGCGUCGCAUGGACUCGCAUCCUCCCCUUUGCAUUACCCGGCACACCCGUCAACCAGCAGGGCCUCGACCAUUACUCGGACCUCAUUGACUUCGUGCUGCAAAAGGGCAUGAUCCCAACUGUCACACUCCUACACUUCGACGUGCCGGUACAAUUCUAUGCGGACAACAUCACCGCAGCCCGAGAACCACCUUUGAUCGGCUACGUGAACGGCGGCUACCAAAACGAGACCUUUAUCGACGCCUAUGUCAACUAUGCGCAGAUCGUCAUGACGCACUACGCGGACCGGGUUCCCGUCUGGUUUACAUUCAAUGAACCCCUAUUGUACUGCGACAACGGGGCCUCGGUCAACAACGUCCUCAAGGCCCACGCCCAAGUCUACCAUUUCUACAAAGACGCGCUGAACGGCACAGGCAAGGUCUCGCUGAAACUCAACGACAACUUCGGCGUCCCUCGCAACCCAUCGAACCCAUCGGACGUCUAUGCGUCCGAGCACUUCAACACCUUCCAGCUCGCGACGUUCUGCAACCCCAUCUUUCUGGGCAUUGACUACCCAGACUCCUACAAGCAGACAGUCCCUGACUACGUACCCCUGUCGGCCUCGGACCUAUCCUAUAUCAACGGCACCGCUGACUUCCUCGGCGUGGACCCCUAUACCUCAACCGUCGUUUCCCCUCCGGUUCCCAACUCCAUCGACUCCAUCCUGGAGUGCACGACUAAUUCGUCAAGUAUCUAUUUCCCGUACUGUGUCAACCAGUCCACCCUCACGACCACCGGGUGGAACAUCGGCUAUCGCUCGCAAUCCUACGUCUACACCACGCCGACCUACCUGCGCCUGUAUCUUUCGUACCUGUACAACACCUUCCACACGCCCAUUGUCAUCACAGAAUUCGGAUUUCCCGUCUUCGCGGAAUCCGAAAUGGUCGAUCUUUCCGACGCCCUCUUCGACACGCCCCGCAGUCAAUACUAUCUGUCGUACUUGAGCGAAACGCUGCGUGCGAUCUGGGAAGACGGCGUACAUGUCAUGGGUGCAUUUGCGUGGACUUUUGCGGAUAAUUGGGAAUUUGGCGAUUAUGAUGCGCAUUUCGGGUUGCAGACAGUGAAUCGUACGACAAUGGAGAGAAGAUACAAAAAGAGCUUCUUCGAUUUGGUGGAUUUUGUUAAUGCGAGGACAAUUUAA